AUGCCGCCUCCUCCACCACCUCCGCCGCCCCCGCCGCCAAUGCCUGGAGGAGCAGGAGGCCCGCCGCCACCACCUCCUCCACCUCCGGCUCCGGGCAAUCUACCAGCACAACCCCCAAAAGGUGCAGCGAAAGGAAGGGGCGCAUUAUUAGGAGACAUUGAAAAGGGCAGACAACUCAAGAAAGUGCAAGUGAACGAUCGAUCAGCGCCUAUAAUUGACAACAAGAACUCGUCAAGCGGUGGAGCACCAGCGGCUGGAGCGCCGCCCAUACCUGUGCCGGGUGGUGCGAGUUUGAAGCCACCAGGAGGGCAGAGCAGAGCGCGGAGCAACAGCGAUCAGGGAUCGGGGGGAGGGGCAGCGACAGACUCAGCACCACAAUUAGGAGGACUGUUCGCGGGAGGAAUACCGAAGCUCAAGAAAAGCAAUGCGGGAGUCAACAUAUAUGAUUCAGACCCUGAGACGACUUCACGGAAGUCCUCUGCUCCUGCAGCUCCACCUCCUCCAGCGCCGAAUGGGAAUGCUCCUUUAAAGCCGCCUGGAGGCGCACCGCCUCGACCACCGCCAUCAGCUGCUCCGUCUGCGCCUGCGCCUGGUGUCUCAGCUUUGAAGAACAAUCUACGACCAACAAUGCAUACGAGCGCGACCGAUCAGCCAGUCUCAAAACCGAAGCCACCUCCACCCAUAGGCAAGAAACCACCAAUUCCACCUCCAACCUCACGCAAGCCCUCAACAGCGCCAUCAAUACCUUCUGCGCCUCCGCCACCACCUUCAACCAGCCCGGCUCCUCCAAAAUCCACGAGUCCUGCACCACCUACAGCACCGCCCCCACCACCCACUGCCAGCGCACCGAGACCUCCUCCUCCGCCCCCCGCUCCUCCUGCGCCUCCAUCAACAGCACGAUCACCUCCGCCGCCGCCCACACCAGAAACGAACGGCAUCUCACGAGGGCCUAGUUUGGCCGAAACAGCGGCAAGAAAUGCUUUCACGCGUGGGAGUUCGCCUGCUGCUCCACCUCCGCCUGCUCCCCAGCAAAGCCCACCCGAAAGUCCUGGCACGGCCCCACCGCCUCCUCCACCCCCGCCGACGGCAGCAGCUCCUUCACGACCUGUGUCAGCGGCACCACCUCCUCCGCCACCUCCGCCGCCUUCGAAGACACAGAGCUCAGGUGGAGGCAUCCCAACCGCAGGCGGCAUGACGUUGGGCAAUGUCAGUCCUCCGGCCAACGCAUCUACAACAACCUUGCCGAAUCCUCAGACGGCGCCUCUUCGACCUUUAGAUGCCUCGGCAUACACUCUCACCUCACAAUCGAGCAUGACAAAUGGGAGUGGAAGUAGGCCUAGCUCUUCCUCCGCAGCUGGAGGUGGUGGUAGGCCAGGGCAGAGGCUGAUUAUGGACGACGGGCGCUUCAAGUUCCAGCGAGAGGACCAGCUGCCGAAGCCAAGGGAGUUUAGUGGCGGGCCGAAGAGGUAUCGGGCAGGGAGGGGGACUAGUGUGCCAAUUGAUCUAAGGGCAUUUGAGUAG